AUUUUAAGUCUGUAACUUUUCAAGAUGUCGGACGCCGAUGAUGAUUUCAUGUGCGAUGAAGAGGAGGAUUAUGAUUUGGAAUAUUCAGAAGACAGUAAUUCAGAACCUGACGUUGAUUUAGAGAACCAAUAUUACAAUUCCAAAGCUCUCAAAGAAGAUGAUCCACGGACAGCAUUGGACAGCUUUCAGCGGGUACUGGACCUUGAGGAAGACAAAGGAGACUGGGGUUUCAAGGCACUCAAACAGAUGAUUAAGAUCAACUUUAAAUUGGGAAACUAUGAAGAAAUGAUGAAACGCUACAAGCAGCUUUUAACCUACAUCAAGAGUGCGGUAACGAGGAACUACUCAGAAAAGUCCAUCAAUAGCAUCUUAGAUUACAUCUCCACCUCUAAGAACAUGGCCCUCCUGCAAGAAUUCUACGAGACGACGCUCAUGGCCCUCAAAGAUGCCAAAAAUGACCGGCUGUGGUUUAAAACAAACACAAAGUUGGGCAAGCUGUACUUUGACAGAGAAGAAUUCAACAAACUUGCCAAGAUCCUCAAACAGCUACACCAGGCGUGUAAGACAAAAGACGGAACAGACGAUCUGAAGAAAGGAACACAGCUUCUAGAAAUCUAUGCACUGGAGAUUCAGAUGUACACAGCACAGAAGAAUAAUAAGAAACUGAAAGCACUGUAUGAACAGUCACUACAGAUCAAAUCAGCCAUUCCACAUCCACUCAUUAUGGGUGUUAUAAGAGAAUGUGGAGGAAAGAUGCACCUUAGAGAAUGUGAAUACGAGAAAGCACACACGGACUUCUUUGAAGCAUUCAAGAAUUACGAUGAAUCAGGUAGCCCAAGAAGGACAACGUGUCUCAAGUACCUGGUCUUAGCCAACAUGCUCAUGAAGUCCGAUAUCAACCCGUUUGAAUCACAAGAGGCAAAACCAUAUAAAAAUGACCCAGAAAUCUUGGCGAUGACAAACCUGGUCAGUGCGUAUCAGAAUAACGACAUUAAUGAAUUUGAGAAGAUUUUAAAGAAUAACCGGCGGAACAUUAUGGACGAUCCAUUCAUCAGGGAACACAUUGAAGAUUUGCUGAGGAACAUCCGUACUCAAGUGCUUAUUAAAUUGAUCAAACCCUACACAAGAAUUCAUAUUCCUUUUAUCUCACGAGAGCUGAACAUUGAUGUAUCAGAAGUAGAAAGCCUGCUGGUGCAAUGCAUUUUAGAUAAUACAAUAUGUGGGCGGAUAGACCAGGUUAACCAAUUACUGGAGUUGGAUCGCCACUCUCAGGACACAGCGAGGUACCAGGCACUGGAUAGGUGGACGGCCCAGCUAGCGUCUCUACAACAAUCCGUAGGAAACAAGAUGGCGUGAUAGUAAGCACGUUCUAACCCCCCUCCUCCUUCACCAAUCAGAUGUUUAUAAAAAAUUAAGAAGACAAAAAAUUAAUAAUGGAUUUUUCAUUUGUGUUUUUCUUUUUGUAUUUUGGAAGUUCACUUUGUUACAUUGGAAAAUGUGAUGGGAGAAGUUUAUUCUGUCUGUGUAUGUAUGGCCAAAAGAGGGCGCUAUUCAUACAGCAGAGACGAGCAUACCAUGAGCAAUGGACUCUGCACUAGGAGACUUUGAGACGCUGGUGGCAGCAGACAUAACAGUCCUUUUUUGAGGCUCUGUUGCGUGCAUGCUCAUUAUUGCGCGCGUAUGCCUGAGCACGCACGCUACUGUGAAAAAGGACCAUCUAAAAGUCUCCCAUUGCUUGGAUAUUUUCCAAACCCAGUUGGGGCUAAUUUUUUGGCUCUGUCAAAAGUCGGUGAAAAUUGUUCUCUUAAGUUUCCAAUUUGUAUCUAUAUUUUAAGCAGAAGACCUAACUCGGCACAAACAAAACAGACACUUGCCCAAAUUUCAUGAAAGCAUUGCUAAACAUUUAGGCCCUGGACAUACCUUGGGACACUCACCACUUGUCACUGAUGUAGAAAUAUAAAUUUCAUUAAACCCUUUCAGCACCAAUGGCAACUUAGUCAACUGUGUAUAUGCUCUGCUUGAGCCCCAUUGGCUACCUUAGUCCACCAAGACACAAGCAGCACAUAAGCCUGAGCACAAAGGCCAUUUGUCAAAAAGCUUUAGUUUUGUCCAUGUUUACCCUCCACAUUGAAGCUGACUAUGGUUGUUAACAGAAAGAUCUGGGGCUGAUUUCACAAAGAUCUAAGAUUGAUCGUAACUGCAAAUCAAUCGUAGUUGCUAUGAAAAUGGUGA